UCCGUUUCCUUGGAUCUGCCCCACACUCCACCAGGAACUAAAAUUCGUCUGAUUGGUCGCGUGCAGAUUCGCGUUGGUUUCCUCAUCCUCCGACGCAGCAAUUUUGAGGUUCUCCAGGGUUCCGUCGACCUGCUUUGUCGAGAAUGGGCUCUCACAAGGGUAGGAUUCUUACUUCAAUUUGGCUUUCAUUCUGAGUCUAUUUGUUCGAAUUUCCUUCGAAAACGUUGCAAUGAGUAUCAUGUGAUCUGUCAUUAUUUGUACCCUGCUCUAUCGUACGCAGUCCGGUCAAAACACUUAAAUUCUGCAAAAUUAUGCAUCCAUGCUGAUUCUCAGGAUGCCAAGGGAACACGGCGCUCUCACCGAACCGGUCCAGAUGCGCCUCCUCCUUUUGUAGCCUUCGGUACAACAGAGGCCUCCGCCAUGAUCGACUCACACAACAAUUUCCUCAACAAUCUGUGGAACAGAAACAGGCCUAAAGGUUUGUUAUUUCUGCUCUUCCCCAAAGUGAUCAGUAUCAUGAGUACUUUAUCCUACUUUCCUACAAGACAUGCACUCAAACACAGGAGAUUGUGUAGAUUCAUUGGCUUACAUUUAUUGAUAACAGCGUUAAGCACCUUCGCGUUUAUUUCGUACAGCUGUGCUCGCGGUGGUUUAGGGUCGUUUUCUAAUGUCUGUUUACCGAUGGUUUUCGUUACCUAA